UGACUCAUGGGUAUAACUCACAAAAUGGCGUCCCAUUUGAAACCACCCGAGCCUUACCUUACAGGGAGAACGUCAGCCCUUAAAGUGGAGGCGAUUGUUAACAUUCUGAGGAGUCCAGAUGAGAGCAAGACCAUCCAGACUGCCCCCGCCACACCCCAGGGAGGGGAGGUGUACCUCUAUAAGAUAACCUCGGGAAUGAGAGAAGAUAUCUGGAAGGAUGACAAAUAUCACUUCAGAAGUGAUGGAACCCGGAAGCAGCCUGGCUCAAGUCCAGUCAUAGUGAAGCAGUACCACAAGGCUUACACCGAGGACAAGACAACAACAAGGGCCUUUGUCAGAGAAGCAUCGUAUCUGUACAACCAGCCUCUGAAACACGUUCUAGUGCAAUAUAUCGGGGACCACACACAGGCACAGCCUGCUCCUCAACGAAAGAAGCGUGGUCAUCAGACACUUCAUUCCCCAGGUGACAGUAAAUGUAGGAAAGUAGAAUCAACUGGUGGAGCUGUGCAGUCAGGUGUCACGGAGAACACUAACUCCAACCUGGACCCUGAAGAUCAUUCAUCACCGACAGAAUUGGAAGACAACGGUAAAUCAAACACUAUUCUAGGUGUAACACUGAACGAAGCAAAGGUGUCAGAGACUGAAACAAAGAAUGAUCACGACACAACUCAAAAACGCAGCAGGACAGGAGAUCAUAGAGGUGAUGAUGACAAUGAUUAUUUGGGUACAACGUCAGGCUCUCCUGUCAAGAAACCCCGUUGGCAGCCUCAACUUGAAAAUGACAACACAAUUGUAACCUGUGUCACUAACACACACUAUGCUUAUCUGUACACAUUUCUAGAAGAUGUAGAAAGGAAUCGGGAUGUGAUAAGGGUCGUGCGACAAGUCCUAGCAUUAUCUAGGUUCUGGAACAAGGACUGUACCAACAAAGGCAAUCCGUGCUUGUCACUCAUUGAAGAGGUCGGCAAGAACUGGAUCCUAGAUGCAAUUAAAGCAAGGAACUGGGUUAAAUGUUCUGUAAAUACUGACGUGCUGAGCUUGAACCAAGACCAGUCAGUUUACAUAAACCUCAUCGCAGCAGUGCUUGUUGGAGCAUGCCAUACCAGGACUGAAGUACAGGACUUUGUGAAAACACUGAAGGAUCCUCCUUCACACCUGCAGCAUGUACAAGAGGACGUCCCCCUGUCACGUGACUGUACAUACACAGUUGGCUGCUACACCAUUAGAGGAGAUGUUCUGUCUCGCCUGGAAACCAACGAAUGGCUGACAGAUGAAAUCAUGGACACAUACCUGCACCUCCUGGAGAGAGAGUGGUGUUCCCGUGUCAGCUUCCACUGUCUGGUGCUGCCUACAGAGACAAUCCUACUGUGGGAGGCAGGACAGUACACAGACAGGAUAAGGGGGAAAGAUGAAACUUUGACAAACUACACGUGGAUCUUAAUGCCAGUGAACAUGCCACGUAAUCAACAUUGGGUGCUACUGGUGGCUAAUGUCAGGGAUGGAACAGUGGGCGUGGUUAGUUCUAAACCCUCCUUAGAUGUGGAGGACAAAGUUGUAGAACACUGGAGGCUCUUUGUAAACCACUUGAAAUCUACGUCUAAGGAAGGGAGCAAGUCAUGGAUGAAGAAACAGUACCCAGUGAUAGAACAGUCUGAUGGACACAGCUGUGGGAUAUUCGUUCUGAUGGCUGCUGAUGCAAUUUUGUCGGAGAAGUCCCCAGGCAUCAUGAGGAACUGUCACGUUGAGAAAUACAGGCUGUAUGUGCUUCAGAGGAUACUACAGUAUGCCAAGGACAAGGGAGAUAUGCAAGGUGGGGGAAAUCACAUGACGGCAGUUGAUGGACAGGGUAAUGUCCCAAACGAAAUUCAAACUGUAACGCUGGAGACAAGAGAUGUACUGGAAAAUAGCUGUACAAUGACAACAGAACAAGGAGGUCCAACUAUUCAUGAAGAGGAUGGACAUGAAACACAUGAAGGAACCGACUGUGCUGUCGCCAGUGAUGAAAAUACAGAGAACUAUCCAUGUUUGGAUCAGCACCUGUUGCAUAAGCAGGAGAUGGCGUGCUUGUUAGUGGUUGCUUUGGCGGAGAAUAACCUGGAGGAGAGGAUGCUAUGGGCAGGGUCUGACACAGGGACUCGCGUGGAAAGAGAAAACUACAAAAAAUAUAUUGUUUGGGCACUCAAGGUUUUUGACAUCAAUGAAGAAGAAUACACUGAAAAUGUGAUGAAACCUAUUUUAUCCCAAUUGGCGGGAUGCUGUCUCCAUCAUGAAGCAGGCUCAUAUAGAAUAAGAAAUCAUGAAGUAGCAAUAAAGCUAAGAGAAAUACUGCUCAGUGAUGUGAGACAGUUGGUUGAAAGGAUGGAUAUGGAGUUCAUAUUUCGUUAUGUGACAUCUAGCGGUGAUCCAACCGAAGCGGAACUACUAGAUGUGCCUUUUAAAAUCGAAUUGAAACAUGAUGAUCUGCAUAUUAUAGCGAAGCGGUGUGUUGCAGCUGUACAUGGCAGAAAGUUUGCCUUUGUGUGCAUGCAUUCCCUAUUCCAGGUAGAGACAUUUGUUGAUAUGGUUUGGGAGAAUCUCUUGCAUAAUCUGAACAAGGACAGAUCUGAACUGUUGAAAGUAUUGUCAAAAAAUGACAUUGUAUAUGGAUAUUCCUUUCUGUUUUGGGCGAGCGUCACAGACAACUCGAAUUUACUGAGGAAAGCAUUGAACAGUGUUCAGUUUACGGUAAAGAACAGACAGGAAGCUUUGUUUGGAAGUUGCUUUGGGAGUAGUUUGGCCAACUUCGAGUACUUGUGUUCCAAAAAUAACUGGAAGUUGGAUACGUUGUGUAUGACGCUACCCGAACUCCCAAGACCUCUUAUCAUCAAACUGCAGUUGGCAGUUGUAGAUGAUCUGAGAGUAAAGUUUGGUAAAUGUUCACUUUUGGACAUUGCCUGUAUGGGUGGGUUGUCUUUGGUGGCUUCCAGACUGACACAUUUGAUGAAGACGAGCAAGACCAAGAACAGUUCAAGAAAAAAUACAUAUGUACAUUAUGCAGCCAUGUGUCAACAGGGCAAAGAUAUCAUGGAUAUAGUUAUAAAGAAGGGACAACGUAGCAUCAAUAACAUAGGUCCUGAAGGAUCAACACCUUUACAUUACGCAUGUGCAGUUGGAAAUGUUAGCAUUGUAAGCUAUCUGUUACAGGAACGAGUGGACAUUGGUGAGCAAAACGAGAAUGGUAAAACUGGACUUCAUUUGGCAUGUAUAUAUGGAAACGCAGAAGUUGUUAAAAUGUUGUUACAGAACAAGGGAAUAAUUCAUGUGACAGAUAAUGAUGGCGGCACACCUCUACAUCAUGCAGCCUGGCAAGGACAUAGGGAGGUUGUGGAGGUGUUAUUACAGAACAAGGCAAAUGUUUAUGAGAAAGACGAUAAAGAAGAAACUGCUUUACAAAAAGCAGAGGCACAACAUCACGAUGAUAUUGCAAGGAUUAUAACUGAGGCAACAAAUAUACAUGACCUGACAACCAACCAUGGUACAAUUAUAGAUAGGGUGACAACCGAUGGCCAGUUUCUUAUGAAAUCAUCGUCAGUUCCACACGGAAGCUAUAACAAUGGCGGUUGGCUUACAUCCACACCACCAACAUCAACGUGCCCCGUGAACCACGCAUCAAUAGAAUUGCCAGGGGUUUAUGUUCCGAGUCAACUGGGACAAGCAGUUUCCACAGACAGACAAAGUGUUAUUGAAGAGAUCGCUUUGCAGUCAUCCCAACCAUAUCAUAUAGACGGAAAUCUUAACAACCUCCAUACAGAUCCUGCACGCAUGGAGAUACGUUCACCCAAUCAAAGAUCAGAAGCUAUAUAUGGAAACUCAAGUCAUGUUCCCACCUGUGUCCAUGCUCCAGUAGUUGGUGACACAGUGCCUAGUUCAGAUACCACUAGUAAUUCUGAGAAUGUCAUCAUUCACUACACUGAGUCUGGGGAAAAGAUAGAGCUGCAGCAGCUCUAAAAGUGGUCUAGAAAGGAGUUAUCAUUGUUAGUAUGGUGUCCAGUGAUACAGUAUACAUAUACAGUUUUACAACCUCCUUUAGGAGUCAGUCGUCCGAAUUUGGUUUGCAGAAAAAAACGAGUUAUUUGUCACUUGUGUCGAUGUAGCAUUGAUGUUUCGGUAAGCAUAUCAAUUCCAUAAAAGCAAACAUUUUACUCUACAAAUGCUAGGACCAUAGCUAACUUCAUGACGAAAAAAUCCUUUAUAUUGCUUAGAGAAUUACAUAAUAGAUUCUUUCAAAUGUUCCUAACUGGACAUAUGCGUAUUUCAGUGUGAACCGAACUUUCCUUAGGCAUUGUGUUAAGUUGAAUCGAGUGAGUGUGUGAGUUGGAUUUAACGCUGCUUUUAACAGUUUUCAAGUUAUAUCACGGCGUGACAGCUUAAUGUGGGAGGAAAGCCCGAAGUGAUGGAGGUCUCAGACGUUUACCAUUUCGGUGAUUUGUGUCAAUGUAGUUUUAACGUUUCUGUUCCCAUCUCGAUUCCAUAAAAAACGCAUUGUACGUUACAAAAUCUAGGAACAUGGCUAACUUUCAUGUUUAGAAGAUUACAUAACAGUUUCUUUCAAAUGUUUAUAACUGAACAUAUGCAGAUUUCAGUGUGUUCCAAACUUUCUUAAAGCAAAGUAUUUUGUUGAAAUUAGUGGGAGUGAGUUCAGAUUGACGUACACAAUGAAUGUUUGCAGCUACAUGUCGCUGUGUAAAAUAUGUACUUGCAGGAACACGUGGGUGUCUUUCUAUCAUAGUCGGUAUUGUCACUUUGAUUUGUUUCUGCACCAUUUCCAGUGUCAGAGUUGUGAAGUCUCACUCCCAAAACGAAGCCAUAAAACCUGUUGCAAUAUAGACUUUAAAGUACGUUCACGGGGACCUCAUAUUCAGGAACAUAAUGACUGUUUUUGUAAAACGAUUCGUCGUGAAGCAUCACUUUAGAUUAGACUGUAGCUAAAUAUGGUGUACACAGUUUUAUUUAUAUUCAAUGUAUUAUCCUUCUUUCAAAUAUCUUAUAAACACAAACUGCAAGUCUGAGAAGAAUGUGGCUAUUUUUGCUGUUCAUUAACUGUACAAAUUUUCUUCGUGAUGGAUACGUAUAAUAAUAGUUAGGCAGGUAUUUGAUUCUUAUAUCCUCAUAUACUGGAAAUAUCAAUAAAACAUGGUAUUCAU